UCAGUGAAAUUUAUGUCUUGAUGGGUCAUCAGUCCACCACACGUAUCAACUGGCAAAUACCUUGCUGAAGAUCUCGGUUUCCAAAUCGUCGAUGUCUUUCCUUGAGGAAACGGAGAUGAGCCUGCAUACCAUAGCCCAGCUGGUGGAGCAGAUUGCAGUGGAAAUAGAUAAGUUGCAUGUGCUCGAAGAGGCCGAAAAGCAACACGUUCUCAGCUAUACAGAAUGCAGGAAUUUCGUAUCUGUGAUGAAACUCUAUGGGAAACCACUGCCAACACCUCUGUUGUCAGUGGAAAGAAGAGAUGAGAUGAUACAGUAUAGAACACAGGCUCAGCUGGUCGAAGCUCGUUUAAAAACUAAAAAAUCCAGGAAGUUGGUGGACAGGGUCCAGUCCAUGCUGGACAAGAUUGUGGAGAAACACACACCAGUUUCCAGUCCUAGGUUGUCUGAAGAGGAGCAGAGUGGGUCUGCAACGGAUAGUACCACACCAAAAUCAGAUAUCAGCCUCGGAACAAGGAGAGUAGUCACAUCAUCACACUCUUGUACAGGAAGUAACAGUGACAAUAUAAGUGAACUGUCCAUAACUGCGGCUCAUGUAAACACGAGCGAUAGCAAGUCUACACACAGUGAAGUUAUGUCUACACCACAAGUUGACAUGGCAACAAAGAGAACAGACGAAACACACCCUACUUUGAUACAUGACAACCCCAUUCCUAUUACCCUUGGAAAUAAGAGUCGGAUGUUAUUGGAGAAAGGUGCAGAAGAUUGUAAGGAUGGAGAUUAUUCUGGAAGAGGUAGUGUUCCACCAUUAAUGCGAGUGAGUAGUCCUCUACAGACGAGAGCAGAACCAUCAGUAUUCAUUCAACAAAAAAGAAGUUCUGUACGUGUUGGAGAAUUACAAUUGUGUGGAAAUGUAUCAUCCGUCCCAGAAAAGUGUCCAAGCGACUCCCGGAAUGCAGAUUUUCACGUGAUUUCACAGGAGGAGGAAGUCGAUGGUGUCGAUGAAAAAGAUGAGAAUACUCUGCAUGACGUCAGUGAGAUGUCACACGGUGAUGUUGCCUGUACUCCUACACUAGCUAUGUCCGAGUUCUGCACUACUUCGCCAUUAGUUCACGCGGCAGCUGAGGUACCGUCGGAUGCAGAGGAGUCUCGAUGUGUAUCGACGCUGUGCCCCAGUGGCAGCAUAUCGCUGGGUCUUGACAUGUCAGUGUCGCUGUCAAGCAUGCAUACCCUGAAAGAUGUCGCAACACUCCCUGAUGACUUAAACGUCAAUGAUCUGGAGUGGGGCACUAAUGUAAGCGCAAGUACACAUGCAAGCACAAUUGCUGUGGACAGUACUGAAACAAGCAUAGCUGAAUGCAGUGUGACAGGGCAGCAGAUAAGUAGAGCAGAGGGGCAGUGCGAUCCAAAGGUGAAUGCCAAUGCAACUCCUGGCUUCAAACGAUCUCACAUUCGAAGAGGAUCAUACACGCUUGAUGCACCUUCACCAGGGCUUCUAAAAGCUUACAACUUGGAUUGUUCUAAAUCGGAGGAGAGCAAUAGCGAUGCACAAGUACUGAAAAUGAUGAAUAAGCCACCGUGCCAUAACUGGCAAACUGAAGAAAUUGGAAUGGAGCUGAGCAGAAAAGCAGAGCAUUUGAGGAAACGUCAAGACCAGUCCUCACCGAUCCAACCACAAGUGCCUCUGGUGUAUCCAACGCAGGUUCUUGAACAUUCCAACACACAGCCAACUAAUGUCUUUACUGGAACGUUUUUUGACGAUAUCAAACCGCUUUUCAAUAAUCACACGACCAAUUAUGUGUGGGGGCAACAGCAAGAAGCGAUAAAGGAGAACACCCCUCCACUGGCAACUUGGAGUAUACUAAGUGCGCAGCAGCAGAAACCUAAGAUUGCUGUUCUUGAGGAUAAAUCAGGAUGGGAAGAAUUUACCAGCAAAGAAAGAUUAACAUGGCAGCAGGUUGCAAUGACAUGUCCUCCGAGCACUUUUGGUUUCAGCUCAGGAACUUUUGACUGGUCAGUGGAUAAACAGUUUCCUAAGAAAAAUGCAGUUUCACCAAAUGAAACUGACCCAGCCACGAUGGAUCUAGAGAAGCAUGGUACAGAGUUUGACGAGAAAAGAAAGGAGGUGUUUCAACGACAGAGCCUACAACUUGCACCUCUGUUCCUGCAGAGAAAGGAGCAGGAAAAGCAACAGCAUCAUGGGCUGCAGGUCAGGAAUAUCAAGACGCCAGAGAAAUCGCCACGAGCAGUCGGUCGUGAUAGGUGUGAGUCUGCACCACCUUAUGUGCGAGGCCAACACUAUGAAGAUGUUGCAAAGCAUUGUGAAUCAACAGCUGCUUUUGAGCCUGGAGCAUUGUCAUCUGCUGACUAUGGUGGCACGCCCCUUGAUGGUGAUGCAACAGCCGACGACGAGCUCUACGAUUCUAUGAAUGAUUCUAAAUCGGAAUUGGAGAGAUCCAGGAAUGUUACUGUUCGAUCACAGACAGCUUCUUUGCACAACAGUCCAUUGGUGAUGGUCGAGUCUGUAGGCUUGCCUUCUGCCCGUGGUGAGAAUAAGUACGACGAUAUGACACGAUCCAAAGACAGUUACGACUCUACUGCUUCCGUAUGUGAAUUAGAGCGAUCAAGGAAUGUUACUGUACGAUCACACAUAGUCUCUCCUCACAAUAGUCCAUUUGUGACAGUCCGGUCUUCACCAAGUGGACAGAAAGUCCAGUCUGGGCAGAAGAGAUUCUUUACUAGUCCUACCUUGCAAAAGACAGAUUUGUUACCCGAUAAGGAGCAGAUUUUUCCCUCAAGCAAGUUCUGCCGUAUAUCAGCAUUAGUGAAGGGCUACCUUACUAGAAGGCUGCUCAGUACAGACAGGGUUAAAAGCAUCAUCAAAACCAUCAAGGACACUGUGGAAUUCACAGUGAAUUUUGCGUCAGAUACGACCACGCAGCCACCUCACGCUGCCUUGCAAGAUCUCGAGUUUCAACAACGACUUCUUAGUCAACUAGAAGCAGCUUUGUUUGAUCUACAUGAUAUCUUCCACACAAUUUCUACCAAGGAGAAAAUGGCAAUCAUAGCACGAGACAGGCAACUUCUUCGUGAGAAACUUAUUAAGGAAAAGCAGUCCUCGGGUAAUAUUACUCAGCGUCGACUAUCUGCUGCCACUAUCAAGGCAAUUGCAAGGAAGGCUCAGUGUCCACCCAGUGUUAAACCUGAUAUCAAGCCAAAGAAAUCCUCUCCACGUAACCAAGCUGUUGGUGUGAGAAAGCAGAAGAUGAGUCACUUUGACUGCAGACCAUACUCUAAGACAUCCUCGGCAAAGGUCCACGCUGUUGGCUCAAAAAGGCAGAAGAUGAGCAACCUGCCCUCAUUGCCACAGCCUAGAACGAAACUCCGAGCAGAAGCCUGCCAGACAUCACGCACAUCGCCAACUACAAGCUCCAGCGUGAGCAGAAAUGUUGCAGAUGGAAUGAAUGCAAAAUCUGCUAGAAGAAGCCUUCAGAUGCACACCAAGGCAACCCGACACGGCACGAGUAGAGCAAAACGAAGCUCGGAAGUAUAUACUUUGUCUAAACCUUUGAAAAAAACACAAGGCAUGAUCUAACAGUCCUAGUACUUAUCAGUGAUCGUACACAAUCAACUUGAAUGCUAUGAAUAUGAAACCUUGCUUUGCCAUAUGGCCGACACCUCUAACCUAUAGGGUAGGGUUGUAACACCUCAAUUCAUUGUAUUGUAUUUACAAUGUAUCUACAGGCCAUUGGCAACAUCUGUAAAUUCGUCUUAACUUGUAGGUGUGUAAAGAUUGUGACUUAAUAUCGCAUUACUAUAAAUAUAAAUUACGCUACACGUACUUGAGGUCACGGACACCUCUAGAGCACUACAUGGGUAGCAAACAAAAUAUUACGU